AUGACCCCCAAGCGAAAGCGCGCCGCCGCCGUGAAGGAAGUCGGUCACAGACUCGGCGGGUCCCCGACCGCGGUCGGCGUCGGCGGCGUCGUCCCGGUCGCCGCCGCCGCCGCCGCCGCCGCCGCGUCGCCUUCGCCCGUCGCCGUCAAGAAACCGAAGAAGACGGGGACGUUUAAGGGGAAGAAGAACACGUUGGGGUCGAGCGGCGUCGGCGUCGGCGUCGGCGUCGGCGUCGGCGUCGAGGCUCUCGACGCGCGCGUCAGACGACGCACGGGCGACCUCGCGGCGAGAGAGGCGAUCUCCACCGCGGCGAUGCUUCGAGACCCAGGCGGCGGCGAAGGCGAAGGCGGCGGGGCCGCGAACGCCGCCGCGACCGCGAUGGCCGCGGACCUGAUGCGUGCGGCGGAAGCCGGGUCGCUCUCCGCGUCCGACCCGACGAUCGGCUCGCUGCAGCGCGCGAUGCGAGCCGUCGUGAGCGAGCGUCGCGCGGAGGCGGAAGGAAACGCGAAAGUCUCCGCCGCGCUGACCGGCGGCGCGACGUUUCAGACGAUGCCGGACGGCCGCCUGUUGGUCCGCUACGCCGCGACGGACGCGGGGGGCAGACGCCGCGAGAUGUCGGAGAUUAUCCAGGACCUCCCCGCGGCGUUUUUACCCGUCGUCCUUCGCGUCGUCGCCGCGGACGAGAGCGCCGAGGCGCGCGCGAACCUCGCGCCCGCGGCGAUGGCGGUCGCGUCACCGCGCGUGUUCUGGGCGAUCGUGCGGCACGCGGGCGUCGGCGGCGGCGACGGCGGGAGAUCGUUCGAAGACGCGUGCGAGAGGAUCGCGCCGGGCGCGGCGGACUGGGCGACGGCGGGUCUUCGCAGCCGGAAGCGGCCGGAGCGGUACAGCGAGUACGUCUCGCACUGA